AUCAACCGCCGUUGUCGUUGUUAGUUGUUACUUGUUUAUUAAUUACUAUGAAGUAGAUUAACGUUGUAUGUGUAUCAAGAAUAAAUUAUAUUAAUCAUGUUGGACUCUAGAUAUUCUGACAACGAGGUCUCUCGAAGAGAUAUACCUUCGUUUAUAGAACCUCGUCCUCCAUUAAUAUCAAAUCCAUUUAUGAGACCGAGGCCACAAAAGGGUACAAAUCUAUUGGAAUUAUUCGAAGAAGAUUCAGAGUGUGAAGAACCUGAGUUAGUGCAAGUUUAUUUAAGAUUAAAACCAUGUAAUAAUCCCAGUAAUUUAUACGAGGUUCGUUCUGAUCGUCAUCUGAUAACGUCGUUGGAUACAACCACAGCUGGUCACGGUAGAAGAACCCAGCAUAAUGUUUCUAAAAUGUUUACUUUCUCACAUAUUUUCGGACCGGAUACUAGUCAGAGAGAAAUAUUUGAGAACGUCGUUAAAGAAAAUCUGAAGAAGCUCCCUGAGGGUAAUAGUUUCACUCUCCUCACAUAUGGAGCAUCCGGUUCGGGGAAGACAUUCACCCUAAUGGGUACAGUGGCGUCCCCGGGGCUAGUGCCGAGGUCUUUGGAGUACGUGUUCAAAGUCGUCGGUGCAGCGCAAACUCCAGUAUACAAACCAUCAGAGAGCGGAGCGGAUAAAUUGAGUCAUGCACAACAGGAAUAUGAAUUACAGUGGGUGAAAAGAUUACAUGUGUCGGCUCCGCAUAAAGACAAGUAUCGCAGGAUGAGUGUACAGUUGAGGAACGAUCUGACGAGUCAUUACGACUUAAGCAACAGACACAGACAUUAUGUUUGGGUAUCUUUCAUAGAAAUCUACAACGAGGGCAUAUAUGAUUUGUUAGCUCCUGGCGAGAGACGGAAUGCUCAGAAAUUAGCUAUAAGAGAAGAUUCAAGUGGAAAUGUCUAUGUUAAGGGUGCGACCCAGGCCUUUGUGCGCUCGGGUGAGGAGGCCUACGACGUGAUGGUGGCCGGGAAACACAACUUGCAAGUGGCCGCUACGGGAGUCCACGCUCAGUCAUCACGGUCACACUGCAUAUUCACCAUAACCAUGCUCACAGAGGGAGAUGGCGUGGUGGGCGUCUCUCACGUCCGCCUUUGUGACCUGGCGGGCUGCGAACGAGCGGCGCGGACUCGCAACACGGGCGCCCGAAUGUGCGAAUCCCGCGCCAUCAACUCCUCGCUGCACGUGCUGGAGAGGUGUCUAAGGGCGCUCCGCCGGAAGGGGGCGAAGGCUCCAACGCGACUGGUCAUACCGUAUAGGGAAUCCAAGUUGACUCGCCUGCUGGGGUCAGGGUUGUCGGGAGCGCGUGGCGAGGCCGUCAGCAUGGUGGUAACCCUGAAUCCGUCCCCAGAAUACGCCAACGAGACGAGACACGUGCUGCAACUGGCAGCCGUCGCCAAAGACAUACAGAUAAACAACACAAUAUCAGACUAUCCGAGCUCCUUAGAGGACACCUCGCAAGACACGACUAUUGGGUUCAACGCUGAGAUCAUGAGGCUGAGGUCGGAGAACGAGAGACUGCACUUUGAACUAGUACAAGCCCAGUCACGUAAUAAGGAGCUUCUAGCCAACAUGGAACAACGUCAGGCGGCGGGUGCUGAAACUAUGAGGGAACUGGUCUCCGAGGCUAGAGAGAUCACAGCCAACUACUAUGAAGAACAAAUUAAAUCUCUCAGAGACGAGAUGGCGGAAAUGGCAGAAGAAUAUGAAUCGAGAUUGAAUGCAGCGCCGCUCAGUAAGCCAGAAACACCUUCCCGAAAUAUUGACGCUAAGGUCAACCACCUCAUGACCGAAAUCGCUAUACUACAGGAAAAACUACAAGCUGAGAAGCUGGCACGAGCUCGGGCUGAAGAAGAGGUGCAGCAUCUAAGAGCUUGUAUAGAAGAAAGAGACGAAAAACCUGAUGAAGAUCCCGUAUCUGAGAACGUGUCUCUCACUGACAGUGACAGUGACAGUGAGGACGACCCUUGCAACGAGAGUCUUGAACCGACUUUCAGGAAGGAGGACAUCAAUAGGUCGAAACUUCUCAGACAAAGCGCCGUCCAGGAUCAAGAUAGUGGGACUGACAAUAGUGUGCUCGAUAAAACCAGCGACACACUCAGAGACGAGAGCCUGGGUAACGAAACUGGCAAAGACAAAGAUGACAGCGACUCGGAUUGUAGCGACAGAGACAGUAUAGACGCAGGCAGCGAGACGUGCACCGUGAAGAAGCUUGAUGUACGUGGCACGUACUACGUUGGAGGUCAUGAUGAGGGCGAAGAUGGCGGUCGCGCUAAAGUAAGCAGGGAAACGUAUUGUGUUGCGGAUUGUGAUGUCUUGGCUAAAGAUCGUUUGAACUCAACGGAUCGGGAUCCAGAGCCCGAUAACGACGACGCUGGUGUUGCUGACAGCGGAAAGAAGGGAUUUAGUUUAAAGGACAUCGAAAUGACGCAAGACCAGAAGCCGAACACUUUCGUCAAUAAAAUUAUAAGUUCCAUCAAGGAGGCGUCGACCUCAGAUAGCAAUAACUCACUCGCGCAGUUUGAACGCCUAGAGCUGGAAACGAAGGAUAGUCGCACGGAUUUGAAUGCGACCGAAGUUUUCGCUGAUAUAAACAUAUUAAAAGAAAAGAGACGUUUCUUCGACGUCCCGAGCGAGUCGCCCGUCACCAAGGAGAGGAAGGUUUUCUUCGACAAUCUGAACGCGGAGCCGAAAACUGCUCUCGACGAUAUUAAAACGCAUAUCGAUGACAGGUCGCCGUCCAUAGUGAGGGAGGAGGGCGCGGUGGAGUUCACGCCCAGCAUGAUCAAGAAGUUACUCGGAGACAGCAAGAGACAGGCUAGGAACAUAGCUAUCAAUUCAGUUAGGAUUUAUCCUAAAAACCACAAUUCCAUCGAUCUGUUUGAAGACUCCCCUAAAAUUCCUGCCAGGAUCGAAAAUCAUAUCGAGACUAUUAGAAAAUCGAUUGCUAAUUUAGUUGUAGUCGAUAAAGUCGACGCUGUUGUCGAGGAAACAGUGGGCAAUGAGAACAAACGAACUUGUAGUGUACCGAUAGACAUAAAGAUAGAAGAAAACGUUAUGGAGAGCACCGAUAUUAAUAUUGAAAAUAAUGACUUGAAAAGUACUGACGAGGAUCGAGGAAAUGAAAUCACAAAGAAAGAACUGGUUGAAGAAAUGAAUCUUCCACGAGAUGAGGCGAAGUGCGUUAAGAAUGAAGCUGACGACUCACAUACAGACGACUUAAAUACGAACAGUUUGGAAACUAAAAAAAUAUUCACAGAUAAAGUUACUACAACAGAAGAAAUAACAACAGGAACAGAAGCAAGCCCUACAGACAUAUCACAUGCAGCUGACAUAAAGAUAGAGAGAACUGAAGAAAAUAUAGAUACUGUUAAACCAACGACUGACGACUCCCGGACAAAUAUAAAUAACAAUACCUUGGAAGAAUUUGACAAUAUUUAUAAAGAUAUCACAGCACCCCGAGCUACGGAGUUCGAGCUGUUGGUGUCGCAGGAGGUCAGAGAGUCGAGCGUCGAAGACGGCAACAGAAGCAACAAUAACGAAGAAUCGGGCGAACUUAAAUACAAUCUGCGUCACAAGAAGACUGAAACGGCUAAAAGCGAUGCGAGGAAAGACAAAGAGAAGCCCACGAGGCGGAACCUGAGGUUGCGGAGACGGAAAAAUCAGUCGGAGGACGACGACUCGGAAAAGGAAAUUAAAUUCAAAGAUAUAGCGAAUCUACAGACGGAGUUCUCGGACGUCACCAUGGACAUGCCCGCGCCCUUCAAGAAGAACAAAGAUAUACCAUCUCCGGAGAAAGAUGACGAAAAUCUACCACCGAUGAUGGGUAUACAGAGCUGUCCUUCGAAAAGCGUGACUCGAAGCCGGCGGAAGCUGUUCACUCCUCGCGCCGAACCUUUGGACGAGAGCGGACAAGCUGACAGCAACGAACGAGUGUGUGUACCGCGACCUUCCUAUCACAGACCGCGGGCAAGGCGCAAACUAUGAACAAUACUACGAUCAUUGUGGAUAAUAAAUGUUAUAUAUUAAAUGUUUUGUUUAUUGAAUUAAGACCUUAUUUAUUUGAAUAUUCAACUUAAAUGACACUGACAUUUCUAGAAAAAUGCAAGAACGAGACGUAAUAAAGAAUAUUCUAUAUUUUG